AAUUUUUUGCCUGGCACUUGUUGCUCUCCAGCAGCCGAAGUGCUCCCUAAUGUCGAAAGAGUUGUUUAAAAGUCCAGUUUCUACCCAGUUGUGCCACAGAAUGAUGCUUUUUUCUGAAAUGCUUCGGCUGUGAUUGCUUGAAGUCGUCUUGGGUUACUACCUAAAUCGUAAUGCCUAAAGAUCGGCUGGAAGAGUUGCGGGCAAGCCAAAAGGUGAAAUGGAAUUCGCAGGCAGACGAACAAGUGUCGAUAUCUCGCCAAGAUUCGACAGACAUGUUCCUAGCGAAGGUGGAGAACGUAUCAGACAGUUUGGAUUCUCUGUCCACUAAAAUGGAUAUGUUACAGCAAAUACACCAAAGAAUCCUGAAUGGCUUGCCUUCCGAUCCCGUGGCGGAUCACGAAGACCAAGAACACUUGCUACACGAUAUUAUCGUGAUCUCAACAAACAUUCGGGCAGAACUGCGAACGUUGGGCGACGAUGUUGCGAGAGCUGAAAAUCGUCCCAACAGGAGCGCAACUACAAGGCUUCGCAGAGCCCAACAUAGAGAGCUUGCACGGAGACUACUGAGCUUGACUAGUCAAUAUGACAGGGAACAAAUUACGCACCGCGAAAGACUGAAAGAACGCAUGCGCCGGCAACUAAAAAUUGCCGACCUGGAUUCCAGAGUAAGGACGGAUGCUGAAAUUGAGGAGCUGUUAGAAAAUAGGAAUCCCAUGAUAUUUUCUCAACAGAUUAUUGCCAAUUCACAACAGGCUAGAGAUGCGUUAGCAGAUGUUGAAGCGCGACAUCAGGAUAUCCUGUCUUUAGAGCAGAAUGUGAAAGAAAUUAGGGAUUUGAUGUGGGAAAUCACUAAUCUCGUGGAGCAACAGGGAGAAAUCUGUGAUCGCAUUGAGUACAACAUGGAGGCAGCUGGUGGGAACAUGGCUUCCGGGAGACAGCAAAUUGAGUCUGCCCGCGUAUCUCAGAAGCGAGCCAGGCGGUGCAAAAUUAUUGCGAUUUUGGUUCUGGUUGGAGUGUUGGUUGGGGUGGCAAUUUAUCUUGCGGUGAAAUUUAACGGAUAAGUGUCGACUGAAUGCAACGAACGUUUGGCCAGCACUGGUGUGGAUUUCUCUAGCAAUGGUCAUCCGGCUGUGUGUGGUGCGUAGACAGAUUGAUUUGGAACGGUUUUAAACCCUGAAUUAGUCUUUACGAUUUCGGCUGGAGCUUUGAGCAAUAACAGCUUGCUUGAUGCUACUUUGAGUGAGUGGUUUUGUAAUAUCUUUGUUACUGCUUGUUCCGGAUUUAUGUGAUUUUUUCGGUCCUGUGUGGUUUUCUUCCUUGACGUUUUUUUAUUGUUGUGUCCUUGUAUGUUUUGCUGGUUCGUUGCUGAAUUUGUACAAUGAGGUGAAAAUUCGUGGUACUAUAUUUUUGUAUAAAAACGGACUGUCAUGA